GUUUAUACGUGAGGUUAUCGUGUCCUUGCACGUGUUUCUAGCGCAUUCUGUGCGCCGGUGAGGAAAGAAGAAGAAGAAGGAGCGGAAGAUCAGAUCAGAUCAGAUCAGAUUAGAAUAGAAGAAACGCAGCCAUGCUGAAGUCCUUAACACGCGCUGUUAGCAUCGCGGCUCGCCUUACGAACAAGGCCACUACGAGUGCGUCUGUAAGCCACGCCGCCGAGCCGCUCGUCAGAUCCGCGCUCUGCGCUCCGACCUCGGCCACAAUCCGGCCGUUCACGCGCUCGAUAUGGAUGAUGUGCGGCAAGAACGACAACAGACUGCUCACUACCAAGCACACUGUCCCGUCCUGCGGCUGUGGAGGCCUUCACACAGAAGGUGACAAAGCGUUUGUAGAAUUUCUCUCCGAAGAAAUCAAAGAGGAGAAGAAGAUCCAGAAAAGCAAGGCGCUCCCCAAGAUGUCCGGAGGAUGGGAGCUCGAGCUGAACGGCACAGAAGCAAAGCUUACCCGCUCCAUCUCCGGAGAGAAAGUGACCGUCACAUUCAACGUUAACAACAGCAUUCCCCCGAACAUGGAGGAAGAACCAGAGCAGGGUCAGAAAGCUGAGGAGAACGAGCCUGAUGUCGUCUCCACACCUAACUUUGUCAUUGAGUUGACUAAACAGGGGGCGAAGAACUCCCUGGUGUUCGAUUGCCAUUUUCCAGAGGAUGAGAUCAGCCACGGUGAAGGAGAGGAGGAGAGCGAUAUCUUCACUAUCCGUGAAGUCAGUUUCCAGCCUGAAGGAGAGGAGGACUGGAAGGAGACAAGCUACACCCUUAACACAGACUCUCUGGACUGGGCGCUUUAUGACCAUUUAAUGGACUUCUUGGCUGAUCGUGGUGUUGACAACACAUUUGCAGAUGAGCUGAUCGAGUUGAGCACAGCCCUGGAGCAUCAGGAGUACAUCAAGUUCCUGGAAGACCUCAACGGUUUUAUCAAAUGCCAAUGAUCACAAUGUGUGCAGUCUUUCCCUGUCCAACUACUAGGAAUUACCAAUACACAGAAACAGUAAAGACCCGAUACAAAUCUUUUAUACUUUAUUUUGUACGUUGAAAUAAAUUAAGUGUGUAGUAUAUGGUCUUGAAUGUAAACGGUGAGCUGUUAAUUUAUGGGACUUGGUGUAUUGAAGCAAAGUUGGAAACAUUUAGUCCAGAACUGGGCUGAAUAUUGUGGCAGGGAUACAUUUGAGAAUUAUCUUCGCAAGAGAAUAAUCGUGCAAAGGUCGAGAGUGUCCUAAUGAUCUGGAAGUGUUAAAGGAAACAUCUCUUUAUUCGAUCUACAACCUUCAAUCGAUGGUGUCCUCAAAAUAAAUGUUUCAUAAAUCAAA